AUGGAAGAGAAGACUAACAAAGAGUGGGAGUGCGAUGCUGUGGCAAUUUGUUCUGGGCUUCAUGUGGAGCCGUACAUUCCGAAGAUCAAGGGAAUCGAGAACAUACCCCAGGUAAUGCACUCUUCCCAAUUCAAGGCACGCAAGGACUUUGGUGUCGGGAAGAAUGUCAUGGUUCUUGGCGUUGGAGAGACGGCCAUGGACGUGUCGUACUUGGCUGUAACCUCCCCAACCAAAUCUGUCACUCUCUGUCACCGCGAUGGAUUCUUCUUCGCACCGAAGGUGGUUCCUGUCCCUGUUCUUCUUGGGUACUUCAAGAAGUCACCCGCCGCUCAACGAAAUGUGCCGAUUGAUACCUAUGUCAUGAGCUUGUUUGAUACUGCUUAUGUGCAUCCGGUCCUUCAGAAAUCAAUGUUGCUUUGGAGCUACUAUGACCUUUUCGUCAAAAGAAUGUCUCAGCUCAUUUCCGGCACAGUGCAAGGAUACGAUCAGUGGAUAGGAGGGAUAUCCAAAGAUCGAUACCAUGUUUCGUCAAUCUUCCUCUGCAAAUCUGGAAAAGCAAUGCCGUAUAUAUCGAAGCCAUAUCGGAAGCGAAGCUUUCUCGACCGCAUCCGCGCUUUUCUUAUCAACGUUCCGAUACCAGAAACAAGAAAUAGAACAAUCGACCUCGCUCCAUGGCCCGAUUCUAUCUCUUCAGAAGGAAUUGUCACUUUCACUGAGAAUGGUCGUCCCGAAGCAGAGAUGAUGCGCAAAACUGUGUGUAAACCAGACAUUGUCGUCUUCGCCACGGGCUACUAUCCAAGUUUCCCAUUUCUCGAAGCCAGUUAUGGUACCCCUUCUGAAGCCAACCAGCGUGGUAUCUGGAGGUCUGGUGACAACAGUGUUGGCUUCAUUGGAUUCGUCAGACCUGGACUUGGUGCCAUCCCUCCAUUGUCUGAACUGCAAGCCCAGCUGUGGGUUCUUUCAAUCCUAGGCCGCUUACCGAAGGCAUCACCGCGAGAUAUCGACUACAAGCUACACUUCAAACCAGGCCGUCGCGAAUACGAAAACUUCGGGGUUGAUCACGAGGCCUACGCAUACCAGCUUGCGCUUGACAUGGGCUCUGCGCCGUCAUUCACAGAAGUCCUCCGACACGGCUACAGAACAGCUUUUACGUGGGCAUUUGGCUCCAACUUCAAUACCAAGUUCCGGCUGGUGGGACCAUGGCAGUGGGACGGAGCUAAGGAGAUCAUGAGUAAUGAGCUGUAUGAUGUUGUCAAUAAUAGUGGCGGGUGGUUUUGUCUCACAUUUUACAGCAUCAUCCCUUUUGUCUUAUUUGGAGUGAUUAGUGCGAUACUCUGGCUUACUUUCGAUGCCAUUAUUCUCCUAAAAGAAGCGGGCAGAGGCAUAAUCUCCAGCCGGACCAAAACGAAGAGGAAGUUUUAG